AUGGCUCACUCUCACUCUCAUGACGCUGGCAUUAGCCAUUCCCACGAUGACCCUUUCAACGGUCACGGUCACUCCCACGAUAUCCUCGAUGGCCCAGGCUCCUACAUCAACCGCGAGAUGCCGCUGAUUGAGGGUCGAGACUGGAAGGACCGUGCCUUCACUGUUGGUAUUGGAGGUCCCGUCGGUUCCGGAAAGACCGCUCUUAUGCGUGCUCUCUGCCUCGCUCUCCGAGACGAAUACAACAUCGCCGCCGUAACCAACGACAUCUUCACUCGCGAAGAUGCCGAAUUCCUGACCCGCCACAAAGCCCUCGCACCCUCCCGUAUCCGCGCCAUCGAGACAGGUGGCUGCCCACACGCCGCUGUCCGUGAAGACAUCAGCGCCAACCUCCUGGCCCUGCAAACCCUCCAAAAGCAAUUCAGCACCGAUCUGCUCCUCAUCGAGUCUGGCGGUGACAACCUUGCCGCGAACUACAGUCGCGAGCUGGCGGACUUUAUUAUCUACGUUAUUGAUGUAGCUGGUGGUGACAAGGUCCCUCGUAAGGGUGGACCGGGUAUCACUGGCUCGGAUCUGCUGAUUGUCAACAAGAUUGAUUUGGCUGAGGCUGUUGGUGCGGACUUGAAGGUUAUGGAGCGGGAUGCGGCCAAGAUGAGAGAGGAUGGUCCUACUAUCUUUGCGGUUGUUAAGGAUGGAAAGGGAAUGAAUCAUAUUGUUAACUUGAUUCUGAGUGCUUGGAAGGGAAGUGGUGCUUAUGAUGUUAGUGUGCAGAGGUGGAAGGAGGGUGCUCCUCGUGGUUCUGGUAGCGUGGAUGAGUAG